AUGGAAACAAGAGUUCUUUUGGGUGAGCAAAACCUCGUACCCCAAGGGAUGGUAUUUAGUGACACAUCAAGGAUGGUUAAUGACCCGACCAUAAAAAUUAUCAACCCUCAAAUAUGUAAGGACUUAAGCAAAAUAGAAGGGUAUUGUAUACCAGGAGAUGAGAUCGACGAACUCGUUCUUGAUGCUGGUGGAAAAAGGGUUGUGUGGGAUCGACACAACAAACUCAUGCUCCCUAUGCUAUUCGUGAGGAUUAAUGUUUUGGUCUCCACUGAAGCAUCGGGGUAUAUGACCACAUAUGAGCUUACCAAGAAAAACCAACAAGAGGCACAUGAUCGUUUGGUUCGUCAGGUUUCCAACCUAGAACUCGAAGUAACGAAUCUUCGUGCUAGCGAUAGAUGCAAAUUAAGGAAAGAAAAGUAUGGAUUUCAGAUCUCGGAACAUGAGAUGCCGAGUGGGCAUUCCGAAGAAUUGCAACAUGCUCUGGUAGCCUUUUCCAAUGAAGAUUAUGUGGCAUCAUCUGGACUGGACCAAUCCAUUUUUGAGGCUUUUAAAGCCUUUUUAAUUGAAGAAGAAGAAUGA